AUGUCUACUCACGUCAAUCAAGCAUAACAGAAUUUAACCAAUUCGCAACAAGAAACCAAUCUCAGGAAUCGCAUCAGAUCGAGAAAAUUGUUCAUAUCAACAAUUAUUAAAUUCUUCUUUGCUGUAAUGCUAUUUUUACUGCUCAGUCUCCAGAUCUAAUAUCACCUGGAUGUUAUUUCCAUUUUUGUACUUUUUCUAAUAUACCAUCUCACUGACUUUUUGAAUGCCCUAUACUAUCAUUUUAAGAUGAAAAAAUUGUAAAUACGAUUCAAGAAGAAAAAGUUAUUGGGCUAUGUUGGAGCCACAUUAUUUGAUUUCUUUUAUUUAACAUGCUUAUUGUUGCUAAAAAAAGUCGGAUACCAAUAUUUUGUUUACAGUAAUGUAUUUUUAGUUAUUGCAAUUUUAAUGAACUUCUACUCACUCUAUCAAGAUAGAGCUUUAUUAGAAUCACUAAAAAUGUUGAAUCAAAUAUCUUUAUUGACAAGAAUUUAUGUAGCGAUAUGUUCACUAUUUAUAACUUUGAAAAUAGAUAAAGUCAUAAUUUGGAAUUGGACUCCAACAUUAUGGGGUGUUUGGGUCGGUUUGAUUUGUUUUAUUGGUAUUAGUGCAGGUUCUCUAAUAGUAACAUUUAGCAAGAUAAUAUAAUAUCUGUUUGACAGAUAAAAUUUAUAGAGAUCAGAAUGUAUUUGUUCCUAUAACAACUUUUAGUAAUUUCCUACAUCUGGUUAACUCAACUGCUCAUAUUUGGGAGUGUUUCCAUAUCAUUAAGUUCUUUGGGAUAUUUAGAGUAUUUAGAAAAUCAACCAAAUUAUUCUCACAAUUUCGUUGUGCAAGAAUAUUUCAUAAUUGCUGAAUUUUUCAUCAUUUUAAUUUAUUCCUUUAUAUUUUCGUAUAGAUAUCUAUGAUGAACCUGUUAACUAAUAAUAAUUUUCUGUUAACAUACAAGGAAACAACUAAACUUUGUAAUAAAUCAAUCCGACUUCCUCAAGAACUUAGAUUCCUUAGGUUGUGUAAAAAAUAUCAAAAGCCUAUUUUGGAAUACCCUCUUUGAUCAAGAAGGAAGGGGGUGAUUAAGAUUCAAUUAGUGGGUCUCCAGUUCUUAAGAAAUCAUCAAAAGGGCACAAAAGAGCAUUUUCCAGCUAAGGAGUCGCUUCAUAGAUGUUUUAAGAAUUGGAUUAUAUAGUUAUUGAUAAGCAACCUCCUAAUGCUUUAAAUAAGACUACUUCUAAUGAAUUAAAAUUUUAAAUUGAUAAAAAGAGAUGUAAUUCUCAUUUAGUAACAAUUGCUCAUGAUGACAGUAUUUAAAAUAAAAAACAGGAAAUGAGUAUGAGUUAGACCAGCAACAUUUGUAUAGUGUGUUAUGAAAGGGGACCGAAUGCUGUUUUUAUGAAUUGUGGUCAUGGAGGAACAUGUUAUCAAUGUGCUAUAGACAUUUGGAAAUAAAAAACAGUUUGUUACUUAUGUAGGAAUAAAAUUGAAUACAUUUUAAAGGUUGAUUUGGAGGAUAGAUAUGGAGAUUUAUUUAAAGUUGUUUCUACUGCUUAAAUGAUAGAUUAAUUUAAUAAAUGA